AACCACUCACAGUGAUGCUCAUGGUCUGUGCUGUUUCUGUGAGCCCAGGAUAGAGAAGCGAGAAGCACCGUGGCAAUGAGGGAGAAGAGAGGCACCGCACGGGUGCUCCUAGAGUGCAGUCUCAAUGACAAGAUGUGUCUUGUCCAGGGAGAGCAGUAUGCGGUGGUCAUUGUCCCAACUCUGCUGGUUGGUGCCUUCCUCGUCCUUCUUGCUGUCAUCUUGUGGUUAUUUAUAAGAGGACAAAGAUCUCAACGUCAGCGCCCUAGACUCCAAGGCGUUGCAUCCAUGCCCGUAUCCAGGGGUCAAACCCGGAAAGCAGCAGAACCCACAGGGAAAGUUGUCAUGCCACUUACGGAGACAUCUGUGGAAAGUUUCCUACGGGCUACCACACCUUCCCUAGCGAAGCUACAGGUACCCAGGGAUCAAGUCUCUGAAGUUCUGGAGCAAAUCCAUAAGGGCAGUUGUGGGAACAUCUAUCGAACCACUAUGAUCACUGGGGACCCUCCUAAGCCCAAGAGUGUUGUUCUCAAGGCUUUAAAAGAACCAGCUGGGCUCCAGGAGGUACAGUACUUCAUGGGGCGAAUCCAGUUCCAUCAGUACCUGGGGAAACAUCAGAACCUGGUCCACCUGGAAGGCUGCUGCACAGAAAGGCUGCCCCUCUAUAUGCUGUUGGAAGAUGUGGCCCAAGGGAACCUGCUCAGCUUUCUUUGGACCUGUCGCCGGGAUGUGAUGACCAUGGAUGGUCUUCUUUAUGAUCUCACAGAAAAACAAGUCUAUCACAUUGGAAAGCAGGUCCUUCUGGCUCUGGAAUUCCUGCAGGAUAAGCAGCUGUUCCAUGGAGAUGUGGCAGCCAGAAAUAUCUUGAUCCAAAAGGAUCUGACUGCUAAGCUCUGUGGACUAGGCUUGGCCUAUGAAGUCCAUGCGCAAGGGGCCUUCUCCGCUACUCGAACCGUACCUCUCAAGUGGCUCGCUCCAGAGCGUCUUCUCUUGAGAACUGCUGGCUUCAAAGGAGACAUCUGGUCCUUUGGGAUUCUGCUCUAUGAGAUGGUGACUCUCGGGGCACCACCCUAUCCAGAAGUCCCUCCUACCAGCAUUCUACAGUAUCUGCAGAGAGGGAAAAUCAUGCAGAGGCCCAGUAGCUGCACACAUACCAUGUACAACAUUAUGAAGUCCUGUUGGCGCUGGAGUGAGGACUCCCGGCCCUCCCCAGAAGAGCUGUGCUCCCGCAUUGAAGCUGCUGCUAAGACUGCAGAUGACAAGGCUGUGCUGCAAGUGCCAGAGCUAGUGGUGCCUGAGCUGUACGCGGCGGUGGCUGGCAUCAGCGUGGAGAGCCUCUCCUACUGCUACAGCAUCCUUUGAAGACUGUCAGCAAGAUGCAUUUUUACAGGUGAUCAUUACCGAAUCAAUCUCUCCAAGAACAGAAAAUGGACUUUCUGGUGGGGCCUGAAGGGAAAAAAGGGACAGAGAUCACGGACCUUCUUCACAUUUCCCUAGAAAGCUGAAAUGAUGCUAGACGCGGCGCUAUGCACCUGAAUCUCAGAAGCAAGAAAAGCUCUGUCUCAGAGCACUGUCCAUGCCUGGAGAACUUGGGCAAAAGUAAUGUGGAAGCCGUUAAGAAGGUAGUUUUAAAAAUCUGCAGUUUGUUGGGGUAGACUCUUUCCUCCUACCCCAGGCUAGUUUACUGCUGAAAAAUGUCUUUAAACAUGUAAUUAGAAGGCUCAAAGGAACUCAAAUGAAAUGUACACAAAUCCACACAAAGGAAUUCAUCAACAAAAUUCAAGGUCCUGCUGGCUCAGGAGUAUAAGUAUGGAGAAAGAUCUCCUUCGAGGGGAAGUCUGGUCCCCUUUAUGUGGCAGGAACAUAAAGUUCUUCAGUUGUCCCUUUGUGUGUGUGUGUGUGUUUUUUUUU